AUGGCAUCUACACAGCCAUCAUCCCAGUCGGCAGCCGAACCCGUGCUGAGGACAAAGACGCCUUCAUACCACGCUCCUCCUUCCACCGACCCUCUUACUGGCGCUACCAUUCACACUCUUCGUUGCCUUGACACACCCAUUCAUCUCGGCUACCAUCUCACUCCUCACAUCGCCAGGACGCUUCUCUCCACCCUACCUUCAUCCACCUACGUCCUCAUCACCGACCAGAACCUCGAAUCGAGAUGCAGCGUCACCACCGCUUUCCGUCGCGAGUUCGAAAAGGCCGCUGCAGAACUCAGUCCUUCGCACACCUGGAAGCUUCUCACCAAGGUCAUCCCGCCCGGCGAAGCCUCCAAAAGCCGUCAAGGCAAGAAUGCCAUCGAGGAUUGGAUGUUUGAGCACCGUGUCACCCGUGAUGCUGUUAUGCUUGCUGUUGGUGGUGGUGUGAUUGGCGAUCUUGUGGGAUUCGUAGCUGCUACUUUCAUGCGUGGUCUCAAGUUUGUUCAGAUCCCAACUACGCUCCUUGCUAUGGUCGACUCGGCGGUGGGUGGUAAGACCGCGAUUGACCACCCGCUGGGAAAGAACUUGAUUGGCAGCUUCCACCAACCCAACUACGUCUUUAUUGAUGCUGCUUGGCUCAAAACCUUGCCAGCCCGCGAGUUCAGUAACGGUAUGGCGGAAGUCGUCAAGACCGCUGCUAUUUGGGAUCCGAUCGACUUUGCCAAGCUCGAGUCUAGUGCACCUGCGAUUCGAUCUGCUGUGCUUGGUCCUUUCGCUAAGCAUGCUCCCCUCGAUGAGGGCAGGACACUCGAUACCCGUACCCAGGCUCAGUCCUUGCUUCUCGAUGUCAUUCGCGGUUCCGUUGGUGUCAAGGCUCAUAUUGUUACUAUCGACGAGAAGGAAACCGGCCUGCGAAACCUCGUCAACUUUGGCCACACAAUUGGUCACGCUAUCGAAGCCGUCCUCACACCUGAGAUGCUCCACGGUGAGUGCAUCUCGAUCGGAAUGAUCCUCGAAGCCGAGGUCGCUCGUUACAUGCACGGUCUCAGCCAGGUUGCCAUUGGACGUCUCACCCGUUGUCUCAAGGAGUACGACUUGCCUGUCACCCUCUCCGACCCGCGCCUCACCCGUCUUCCCAAGUCGCUCGACGUCACUGUCGACCGUCUCCUCGACAUCAUGAAAGUUGACAAGAAGAAUUCGGGCAGCAACAAGAAGAUUGUCCUCCUCAGUUCCAUCGGUGACACUGUCGAAGAUAAAGCUUCCACCGUCAGCGACGACAUCAUCCGCCGUGUCCUCUCCCUUGGUGCUACCGUCACACCCAUCCUUGAGCAACCCAACAAUCCCAAGGUGACCCUCUCGACUCCCGGUUCCAAGUCGAUCUCCAACCGUGCUCUCGUUCUUGCUGCUCUUGCCGGCAACACUUGUCGUUUGCGCAACAUGCUUCACUCCGACGACACACAGGUCAUGAUGUCUGGUCUCCAUGACUUGCAGGCCGCUCGCUUCGAGUUCGAAGAUGGAGGAGAGACUAUCGUCGUUCACGGCAAUAACGGUGCUCUUCGUCGCCCUGCCAACAGCAAGCAGAUCUACCUUCAGAACGCAGGUACUGCAGCUCGAUUCAUGGCCACUGUCGUCAGCCUCGUUGAGAAUGAUGGCAACCAAGAACCUGUCGUGAUCACCGGUAAUAAGCGUAUGAAGGAGCGUCCUAUCGGUGCGCUUGUUGAUGCGCUUCGCUCCAACAGCACCUCGAUCGACUACUUGGAGGCUCAUGGAUGCUUGCCUCUUGCGGUUAAGGGUACCGAGCGCGGUUUCAAGGGCGGCAAGAUCCAGCUCUCGGCUACGAUCUCUUCGCAGUACGUCUCGUCGAUCUUGCUCUGCGCUCCUUAUGCGGCUGAGGAUGUCGUGUUGGAGCUUGUUGGAGGUCAGGUCAUUUCGCAGCUCUACAUCGAUAUGACCAUCGCCAUGAUGGCUACCUUCGGUAUCAAGGUCGAGCGUCUGUUGGACCCUGCCACAGGUCGACCUUCCAACACGUACAGGAUUCCCAAGGGCCACUACAUCUCGCCUGACGUGUACGACAUUGAGAGUGAUGCUAGCAGUGCUACUUACCCGCUUGCUAUUGCUGCUAUCACCGGUACCGAAUGCACAGUUCCCAACAUCGGCUCUGCUUCUCUUCAAGGCGAUGCUCGUUUCGCUAAGGAGGUUCUCGAACCGAUGGGAUGCAUUGUUCAUCAGACCGCCACUUCGACCACUGUUAUCGGGCCUAAGGUUGGUCAGCUUCGUCAGAUCGGCUUGGUGGACAUGGAGCCCAUGACCGAUGCCUUCCUCACCGCUUCCGUGCUUCUCGCUGUUUCAGCACAGCCCCCUGCCAACGGCUCUACCUCGACUGCUCGCCCUUCCACCCGCAUCACAGGAAUCGCCAACCAGCGUGUCAAAGAAUGCAAUCGUAUCCGCGCUAUGAUGGACGAACUCGCCAAAUUCGAGGUCGAAACCAAGGAACACGAAGAUGGUCUCGAGAUCUUCGGUAUCGAUUACCGCCAACUCCGAUCCAACGUUCGCGUUCACUGCUACGACGACCACCGUGUAGCUAUGGCUUUCUCCGUUCUUUCCUCUCUCGCACCGGGUGCGAUUUUGGAAGAGAAGCGAUGUGUCGAAAAGACUUGGCCGAACUGGUGGGAUGAUCUGGAACGCAAGCUUGGGAUUCGUGCUCAUGGUGUUGAUCCUGAAUGCUCGCCGAGCUUGUGCAUUUCUCCUUCGCACUUCAACAAGGCCAGCGUGGCAGGUGCGAAUGGGAAGCAGGCUACAAUUUUGAGCCAGUUGACCAGUAGCGGGGCGCUGGCGCCGAAGAAGUACGCCAAGGAUGCGACUAUCUUUUGUAUUGGCAUGCGUGCGUCGGGAAAGACAUUUUUGGGUGCGAUUGGUGCAGCUGCGUUGGGAAGAACGUUUGUUGAUGCUGAUGUUGUCUUUAACCAGAAGCUCGGAUCGAAGGAUGGGUUGGGUGAGUUCGUGAAACAGCAUGGAUGGCCCGCGUUCCGACAGAAGGAAUUGAAGAUUUUGGAAGAGCUCAUGCUGCACCAUCCCACCGGCCACCUCAUUUCGCUCGGUGGAGGAGUAGUCGAAACUGAAGCCUGCCGCAAGCUUCUCGCUGAAUACGCUCAGACCAAAGGACCAGUCGUCUACAUCGUCCGCGACACGGAAGCCAUUGUCAAUUUCCUCGCUACCAGCGACCGCCCAGCUUACGGAGAACCCAUUAUGGACGUCUACCACCGUCGCAACCCAUGGUUCAGCGAAUGCUCGUCUGUCGAACUCGUCUCUUACUCGGAAGGCGAGAGUAUGACGGCACAACCAUGUGCAGCCAACGUCCCAGAUCCGUCGUUUACAAUCCAGAAGCAGUUCGGAUUGGAGUCGGAGGUGGCGAGAUUCUUCAAGUUCGUCACUGGGCAAGAUACUAAUCAGGUGGAAGAUCUGGUGGUGGAUAGCAGGAAGGGAGGGAGGAGGACUUACUUUUUGAGUCUUACUUUCCCGGAUGUAGUGCCGAAGUUGGAGUUGAUUAGGAGUAUGGAGUCUGGUGCGGAUGCGUUGGAGUUCCGUGCCGAUCUUCUGAACCCGUCAGGUCAGCCAGUGACGACACCUCAAGUUCCACCCAAUGACUUUGUGAGGAACCAGUUGGCGGCAUUGCGACACCGCACUUCGCUCCCAAUCGUGUUCACCGUCCGUACUCAUUCGCAGGGAGGUAUGUUCCCGGACAACCACCAGAAAGAGUACUUUGACCUGAUCAGUCUUGCCCUGCGACACGGUUGCGAGUAUAUUGAUCUCGAGCUUGGCUUCGACGAUUCUCUCCUCACCGCCGUAGUGGAAGCUAAGGCAAACAGUCAGAUCAUUGCCUCCCACCACGACUGGUCCGGAAAUCUAGACUGGGAAAGCGAUACAACAGCUGCAAUCUACACCCGGGCUUGUCAGUUCGGCGAUAUCGCAAAGAUCAUCGGCAAAGCGAACUCGAUGGAGGACAACUACAGCUUAGAGCGAUUCCGAGCUAAGGUUUCUGCUUCAGCAACGAAGCCUUUGCUAGCGGUGAACAUGGGUGCUGCCGGGCAGUUCAGUAGGGUCGUGAACCCUGUGUUCACACCGAUCACACAUGAAACGAUGCCAGUUAAAGCCGCUCCUGGACAACUCACCUUCCGACAAAUUCAGACUGCAUUGGCACUCAUCGGUCAAACCACGGCGCUCAAGUUUGCGCUGUUCGGUAGCCCGAUCAGUCACAGUUUGAGCCCAGUCCUCCACAAUACGGCUUUUGGUGCUUUGGGUUUGCCUCAUCACUACGAGCUGUUCGAAACGGCUGAGGUGGACGAUGCUAUUGCUGCCUAUGUUCGCUCGGGUGACUUUGGCGGGGCUAGUGUAACGAUCCCCCACAAACUUGCUAUUAUAAAGUAUUUGGAUCAGGUCAGUGACGAAGCGAAAGCCAUUGGUGCGGUUAACACCGUGAUCCCCAUCCGCGAUGCAGAGGGGAAAGUGACAGCGCUGCUCGGGGAUAACACGGACUGGAUCGCAAUCGAGACUCUGGCCCGACGUUCCCUCCGCACUGUCCACCUUGCAGAUCCCAACCUUACCGGUCUUGUCAUCGGCGCAGGCGGGUCAGCACGCGCUGCGCUCUUCGCACUCUAUCGUCUCGGCGUAAAGAAAAUUUUGCUCUUCAACCGAACGCUAGCUAACGCAGAGAACCUAGCCAAGCAGGUUCCUGUGGAGUGGAACGUUCAAGUUCUCACCUCCUUAGACGAGAUCGGUUCUCUCCCAGCGGAGCUUGCGCCGUCGGUAGUAGUGUCGAAUAUCCCUGCUGAAGGUGCGACGUUGGAUCCCAACGCCCAGGGACUGAUUCAUCUUCCGGUGGGGAUUUUGAAGAAUCCUGCAGGGGGAGUGGUGAUUGAUAUGAGCUAUAGGCCUUACAGUACGAGCCUUUUGCAGUUGGCUCAGCAGGUGAAUACGGCGGUGGCGGCAGGGAAGAAGUUGUGGUCUGCUAUUCCGGGGAUUACGAUCUUGCUGGAGCAAGGAUGCCAUCAGUUUUUGCGCUGGUCGGGGAGGGAGGCACCGAGGGAGGAGAUUGAGAGGGCUGCUUGGGAGGUUUAUCUCCAGCGCUGA